UGUCUGGACACAGGUGGCACCUAGACAUGGCGCAUUUCAAAGAGUGAUACAGGCCUAUUUUUAUGGCUCGGGAGUGGAUUAAGUGUGUUUUGAUGGAGAUGAGCUGAGUUGUGGGGAGUUAUGGAGCUCAGGAAUGGUGUCAGUGUGCUGAGCUCGGUGUACAGUGUGGACACAGCAACCGGAAACCUCCAAAGUCAGGUAAAACCUGACGAUGACGCAUUACCAUCUUCCACACAUAAAUUACUCCCAAAGCAGAUGAUCACUUUGAUCCUCCUCAUCAUCAUCAUCCUGAUCCUGGCUGGAGGUUCAGCACUUCUCUGGUACUUUCUAGAGUAUAGAGUCUGGGUGUUGGAAGUGAAGGUGCAGCAGCAGUACACAGCCCAGAUCUCCAUUCUUAACAGGAAUUAUUCCAGUGCUCUCUCCUCUCACAGCAGUCGAGUCUUUAGGGAGGAGGCGCGUGGAGUUCAGGCCAUGGUAGAGAAACUUGUGAAGUCCACUGAUCUGUCUCGCUAUUUCAACUCCACCACAGUCUUUGCCUUUGGAGAGGGUAGCAUAGUGGCGUAUUUCUGGCUAUUGUUGUCCCUGCCUGAGAGCCAUGUUGAGAAGGUGGCGAUGCAGAAGGUGAAUGAGAGCCUGUGGAGAAGGCUGCAGAGCUUCAGAGAGAGAGGGGUUCAGGAUACAGCAAACUAUGAAAGCUAUCUGCUACACCUGCCCUCAUUCUACAUAACAGAAACCAAGCCCAAAGUUAUAGAUGUUUUGCAAGCUUCUUUUGAUUGUUACCGGUACCAGUCUGUGGUCUCUAGCACCCCUGUGGUUUUGCGAGGGCCAAACACGCAGCGCUCAUCCUGCCUGUGGCACCUGAAAGCCUCUGAGGGUUCCCAGCUGGAGCUGAGAGUGGAGUGGCUGCUGCCCGAGUGCAGAGAUCGUCUUGCCAUUUAUGAUUCGCUCGCCCCUGCUGACUCCACACUCAUCACCUCUCUGUAUGGCUGCAGCAGGCAGGAGCAGGUGGUGCAGGUGUUGUCCUCUGCUGACUGGAUGACUGUGGUGUGGAAGCAGGGCCAGUACAACUACAAAGACCCCUUCUCUCUCUCUGCUCAGGCCUGGCCCAACAGGAAUUGUUCCUACAACAUUGAUUUGAAGCCAAAGGAGGGAGUUCAGGGGACCUUACACACCCCGUUUUACCCCAGCUACUAUCCCCCGGAUACGAACUGUACCUGGCACUUCACAAUGCCAUCGCUGGAAUAUGGGCUGACCCUGGAGUUUGAGGGUUAUGAGCUGAGUCGAGCUAGCUACACCAAAACCUGCACCCAAGGCCAGUGGCUCAUCCAGAACCGCAGAAUGUGCGGUACGCGUGGUUUGCAGCCCUACGCUGAGCGGCUCUACCUCCACUCCUCCACCACUACCAUGUCAAUGACAUCAGAGGUGUCCCUCACAGGGCCCGGCCUGCAGGUCCACUACAGCAUCUUCAACCAAUCAGAUCCGUGUCCUGGGCAGUUCCUGUGUAGCAUGAAUGGCCUGUGUGUGCCGGCAUGUGAUGGUAUCUCGGACUGCCCCAGCGGUCUAGAUGAGAGAAACUGUGUGUGUAUUGCACAGUAUAGGUGUCCAGAGGACAGUCAGUGUGUGGAUUACUACAAAGUGUGUGACCAGCAUCCGGACUGCAGUGACGGUGGCGAUGAAAAAAACUGUACUCAAGGAGUUCCAUGUACUGAUAUGACCUACAUGUGCGCUGAUGGGACGUGUCUGAAGAAGCCAAACCCUGCGUGUGAUUUCAUCACCGACUGCCCCGAUUCCUCUGAUGAAAAACACUGUGACUGCGGCCUGCGGCAGUUCAGCACCAGAGUAGUGGGUGGAGUCAGUGCAGUGGAAGGGGAGUGGCCAUGGCAAGCCAGCCUGCAGGUCAGCGGGCGACACAUUUGCGGGGGAGCGCUCAUCUCCGCCCAGUGGGUGGUGUCUGCAGCACACUGUUUCUAUGACGACCAUCUGUACUCCCCCACUGUCUGGACAGUGUAUUUGGGUAAACUACGUCUUCGGGGCACCAGUCAGAUGGAGGAGGCCCUGCGCGUGUCCCACAUCCACCUGCACCAGUACUACGAUGAUGAGACCCACGACUAUGACCUGGCUCUGCUCAGGCUUGACAGACCUGUGUCCUCAGGGACUCUCGCGCAGCCUGCUUGCCUGCCCUCACAUAUGCACCAGCUAGAGCCAGGACUGCUGUGCUGGGUCACAGGCUGGGGGGCGCUCAGAGAAGGAGGCAGCACAAGUGACGUCCUGCAGAAGGUGGAUGUACGGUUGGUCAGCGAGGAUGCUUGUGUCCGUUCUUAUGGAUACAUUAUCACUCCCAGAAUGCUGUGUGCUGGCUAUCGCAAUGGAGGGAAAGAUGCCUGUCAGGGAGACUCCGGAGGCCCUUUGGUGUGUCAGGAGCCGUCUGGACGCUGGUUUCUGGCUGGUGUGGUCAGCUGGGGUCGUGGCUGUGGCCGGCCAGAUUAUUACGGAGUUUACACUCGCAUCACCAGACUCAGCGGCUGGAUAAAACAGCUCAUCUCCACAUGAAGAACAGGCUUGAUUGACACAAUAGGAGUGAAUGCAAACAAAGAGAUAUCACUGCACUCAUUGAUGAAAGGUUCCAAUGGACGUCUAUGGCUGACGAACAUUUAGAAGCGAACUCAGCCUAUUUACCCCAUAAGCACACAUCCUGUUUUAUUUCUGCUUAAUUUGAUGGCUAAGAUGUAAAUAGUCAUUCAGGGUGGUUUGAUGUGAAAAGGAUCACUGUAGAGAAACUUACCGACUUCUUUAUAAUUUUCUUUAUAAAGCCCUUUAUAAGGGCUUCAGACGUCUGGUUCAUCAGCACCAUUAUGAACAAUUCUGACUCAGUAAGUUUCUCUGUAAUGGAGCAAUUCAUAUCACACAUCUCUGAGCGUUUUGUUUAUAUCUUAGCUAUUUAAUUAUGCAGAAAAAAAAUACUAGAUGACAUAAGAAGGUGUAAAUAUUCAAAAGUAUGGAUGAUAAAAAUCAGUAUUAGACAGAGUGUCAGUAUUAAUAUUAUGUUUUCAUACUGACACCAUUUUUCUUUCAGCAGCUAGCCUGUGUUUGAUAUUUCUUUCGGACUCAAGGACACCCUGUUUAAUAAAACAGGUCAAUCUGUUCUCAAAUCAAACAGCCGUUUGACAUGUGGUCAGACUCUUUACACUGGACUGUAGAUAUACUCUAAUAUUCUACUGUAGAGUUAGAUACUUCUGGGUGAUGCAUGGGCAAAUGUUGUCUUUUAUAAUAUUGUAGUGAUUAAAUAAACUACAAUCCACGUAUGAUGGUUUUAUAUUGUUAAAAAUAAAUAUGUUUUAAAAUUGUUCAGGCAGCCUAUUUCUAGGAAUAUAUUACUUAAUAGGAAAGAAACAAAGAAACAAGAGAACUCUGCGUUGACAUGAGAGGAAUUAUAGAAAUUCCUCUUUUUUUUCAUUUUUAGUUGAAGCUUUCUAGGUGCAGGUUUAUAAGAGGUAAAGGAGUGUAUGUAUGUGUUUAACUGUGGAUCAAUGGCAAACCAGCCUGACUGUCACCAGUGGACAAACAGACUAAGUCAGACUGUUCAACUUGCAAAAAAAGAAAGGAAGGAAAAGAAGAAAAAUCAGUAGCGUCCAGACCUGCAGAAGAAUCCCCAGAUUCGGCGAAUGUUGGCCAAUGAAUUAGCAAGCUGACUGCUAGUGAGGUUGCUCACAUUAACGUUAGAUACAUAAAAAAGCCAUGUUGGCCAGUGUGCACUAGUAGAAAUACAGGAAAUGAAUAAAA